AUGGCCUCAGCACAGGCGUCUGCGCGCCCUCAGAGUCUUUCAACGUUGCUUGAGACCCUGACAACAUGCCUCUCAACAACGGUUUCCUCCUUACCUAAGGCCCCGAAGGAUUCAGCCUCCGAGGCUACGAUCGAGCCCCCGCAAGAUGGCAUUUCUCUCCUCGAUACCAAGAGCGAAAUCCUACUAUCCUACUUGCAAAACCUAGUUUUCUUGAUAAUUUUCCAACUACGAAAUGUCUCCGCGAAACGCUCCUCGACAGAAAAGAGCGCACCUGCGGAUAACUCCCUCGAAGAUGACAUUCGCAAAAAGUUGAUUGAGCUUCGGGUGUACCUUGAGCGAGGUGUUCGGCCCUUGGAAGGACGGUUGAAAUACCAGGUGGACAAGGUCAUUAAGGCUGCAGAAGAAGCGGAACGGGCGGAGAAGAUUCAACCGACGAAGGCUAAGACGAGCCGCAAAGCCGCCAAGGAUAGUGACGCUUCAUCCGAUGACGACGAAGACUCCAGCGAGAGCGAAGGGGAUGAAGACAUUGACGAAAUGGCCUACCGACCCAAUGUCUCUGCAUUCUCCAAGGGCCCGGCAGAGAAGAAGCAAGCUCAGCCCUCCAAGAAAGGCGAGGAAGGUCCCGGUGAUGGCAUCUACCGUCCCCCGAAGAUCAUGCCUACAGCCUUGCCUACAACCGAGCGUCGCGAACGCCAGGACCGUCGACCCGUUCGAUCCAAUGUCAUUGACGACUUCGUCAACGCCGAAAUGUCAUCCGCGCCCAUGGCUGAGCCUAGUGUUGGUAGCACGAUCAUUGACGGUGGCCGAACAACCAAGUCCCGAAAGGACCAGGCGCGUGAGCAGGAACGCACCACUUACGAAGAAACCAACUUUGUUCGUUUGCCCAAGGAGACCAAGAAGGAAUUGGCCAAGCGAGGUAGUGGGAAAGAUACCACCUACGGUGGCGAUGAAUGGAAGGAUCUCAACGCAGGUGCCGAUCACAUUGAGCGCCUCACGCGGAAGCAAAAGGGCAGUGGCGCGGCACUGGAAAAGAGCCGGAAGAGAACCCGCAAUGAAGAUGGGCAACGCGGUGAUGGUGUGGGUAUGGGGCAGAUCUUCGACAAGCGCAGAAAGAAAGUUGAUAGCUGGAAGCGGUAA